AGAAAAAAAAAGCUUUUCCACAGCUCCCGGGCGCAACAAAACCGAGAGCAGCUCCCGGGAUCAAACAGGGAUAAGGCCGGGGAGCGAUGGAACUGCGGCGCGGGAGGAGGAUGCUGAGGGACCAGCUCUCCGCUCGCCUCCUCCUCCUCCUCCUCGCCGUGGCCUGGCUCUGGCUGCCGGCCGAGGGGCGGCGGCCCCCCCGGCCCUCUCCUUGCCCCCCGACCUGCUCCUGCACCCGGGACACGGCUUUUUGUGUGGACUCCAAGGCUGUGCCCAAGAACCUGCCCCCCGAGGUCAUCUCGCUGACGAUGGUGAACGCAGCUUUCACGGAGAUCCGGGAGGCGGCUUUCGCCCACAUCCCCUCGCUGCAGUUCCUCCUCCUCAACUCCAACAAGUUCACGCUGAUCGGGGACAACGCCUUCGCUGGGCUCUCGCACCUGCAGUACCUGUUCAUUGAGAACAACGACAUCCAGACUCUCUCCAAGGGCACYUUCCGCGGGCUCAAGUCCCUGACGCACCUGUCCUUGGCCAACAACAACCUGCAGACGCUGCCACGGGACCUGUUCAAACCGUUGGACAUCCUGAGUGACCUGUGAGCACGUGGCAACACGCUGGCCUGUGACUGCAAGAUCAAGUGGCUGGUGGAGUGGCUGGAGAGCACCAACACCACGGUGCCCGCCGUGUUCUGCAGCAGCCCCGGGCAGUUCGAGGGGCAGCGCAUUCGGGACCUGGCGCUCGGGGACUUCCAGUGCAUCACCACGGAUUUCGUGAUGCACCAGGUCCUGCCCUUCCAGGCGGUGUCGGCAGAGCCCUUCACCUACGCCAGUGAUCUGUACGUGGCCCUGGCACAGCCCGGCGCCAGCAGCUGCUCCAUCCUCAAGUGGGACUACGUGGAGCGCAAACUCCGCGACUUCGACCGCAUCCCCGCCCACUCGGCGGUGCACUGCAAGCCCAUCGUGGCGCAGGAGCAGCUCUACGUGGUGGUGGCCCAGCUCUUCGGCGGCUCCUACAUCUACCGCUGGGACACGGCCGUGGACAAAUUCAUCAAGAUCCAGGACAUCGACAGCCAGAAGAUCCGCAAGCCCAACGACAUCGAGGCCUUCCAGAUCGAGGGCGACUGGUACUUCGUCAUCGCCGACAGCUCCAAGGCGGGCUCCACCAGCCUCUACCGCCUCAACCAGAACGGGUUUUACUCCCACCAAGCCCUSCACGCCUGGCACCGCGACACCGACGUGGAGUACGUGGAGAACGACGGCAAACCGCGGCUGAUCAUCUCCAGCAGCUCGCAGGCGCCCGUCAUCUACCAGUGGAACCGGGCGCAGAAGCAGUUCGUGCCGCAGGGCGAGGUGGGCGAGAUGCUGGACGUGCAGAUGGUCAAGCACUUCAGGUCCAAGCGGGAGCAGUUCCUGUGCCUGAGCCGCUACAUCGGCGACUCCAAAGUGGUGCGGUGGGAAGGGCAGCGUUUUGUGGAGGUGCAAACGCUGCCGUCGCGGGGUUCCAUGGUGAUGCAGCCUUUCACCGUGGGGCAGCGGCAGUACCUGGCGCUGGGCAGCGAUUUCUCCUUCACCCACGUUUACCUGUGGGAAGAGGAGAAGCAGAAAUUCGCCAAGUUCCAGGAGCUGUCGGUKCAGGCGCCGCGGGCGUUCCGGGCUGUGCCGGCGGCCGAUGUGCAGCUGCUGCUGGCGCCCAGCUUCAAGGCAAACACGCUGGUGUACCGGCACGUGGUGGUGGAUCUCAGCCUGUAGCCGGUGCAUGGAGAGCCCCGGAGAGCCACCGGACACGCAUGCGACCGCCACUCCCUA